GACAGAUAAGAAUUACAUUACAUUAUUUAAAUAGUUAAUGGCCCUAAUAAAUGGCCCACCUUCACUAGAAUAUAAAUUACAAUUUUUAUCUAACUUUUGCAAAUCUAUUUUACGAUUUAUUGCCGUUAGCUUCAUACCGUAAUUUAGUGAGUUUCAUAAUAAAAAUGUCUUACAGCAUCCCAAAAUCCAUUUCUAAAAUGUAUAUUCAUACUGGAAAUGUGUUAAACACCAAUGAUUUGGUACAAAAAGCUGGUCAAAACUCUACUGAAGAGAUAAUAGAAUGUUUGAAUACUUGUUUGGCGAAAUGUCCAUUGCCAUUUACAAUAAACGAAAAGUCCAUCCAUUUAAAGUGCGAUGAGUGUUAUAAUAACAACAUCGAAGAAGAAAAUGUAGCUCUCAGAACAAGUGUAAAGAUAUUUUUAACUACAAAUGAGGUACAAGUUUUAGAAGAUUCUUUGAAAAAUCUUUUUCAAGAAUUAAACGACGAAGUUGUUGAUUCAGUAAUAUUAGCAUUUAAUCAUGGGAAAGAUACAUUACUGGCCGAUGUAUUGACUUUAUGGGCUGUGCUAGAAAGUUAUGUCAACAAACAAAAAAUCACACGCAUUGGUGUGAGCGAUGUAGAUACAAAUUUGUUUGUUUCAUUGUACAACAACUCAAUAAUUAAGCCAACAAUCGUACAAAUUAAUCUUAACUCAUGCUGUGUGGUCCCGGCUUCUUUACAAGAAUUUACUAAAGAAAGAGAUGUACAACUACUUACACAUAGUGACUCGCAUGAAAUUUUACCACAAUCUAGUUUGGUCAAAAUAUUUAGAAGACAGCCAGAUCUUGAACAAAAUGUACCAAAGCUUGAAUGGAUCAUAAAAUACUUAACUCACGUUAAGUGUCGAGGAGUACUGGCAAGUAAAGGAUAUAUUAUUUGUCUUAAAUGUUUAUAAAUAAUUAAGUAUAAAAUAUAUAACCAAUAAUGGCAGUUUUUUUUUCAUAUUCAAAAGCUCAUUUUCUAUAGUGAACAAACUUAAUGUAACUAAAUUUUUUAUUAUAACUCUUUAACAAAUAAUUUUACAUUUUUAUUUCGUAAUUUUUUUUAACUUCUUACAAAAAAAAAAAAAUGUU